AUCUGAGUAAAUAGUUAUGGGUGAACUUUUAUCUUGAUAGAACAACUUGUUCGUGGCUAUUUUUACUCACUACCAUACUGUACUCAGUCAUAUGCAGAUUGUACAUUCAUAACAUAUUUAACCUGCAAACAUUGCAAACAUCGUGCUCUAGUGGCUAUAUUGAGCUCACGACUGUAAAACACUCCACUUGAUCCUCUAACCCAAAUUCAAAAGAAAUCAAAGAACUCCCUUUUAAUGAUCUACUGUGUUAUGCACCACCUAAACCCAGCUCCAUCAUCAGCGCUCAUCAUGAUGAAGCUCAUUUUUAUUCUGAAACCUGACACUACUUUAAUCAUUAUGUACUGGGGUGACAAAACAACAUCCGUUUAGUCACAGGUUUAUUUUAACAUAGUCUAGUACAGUAUCUGGUGAAACACAAAAUAAUAUUUUAAAUAAAAUCCAAAAAGUAUUUCAGAGUCACUUGGCAGCUGGUGGGGUUAAAAAUAGCCGGGUAAAGAGUCCUGGUUACACAGGCUUGUUUAGUUACAGUUGACACUUAUAAGAGCUGCUUCUGAUUCCAGAUGCUUAUUUGACAGAGAACAGCCUGACGGUUUCAGCUCCACUUACGGAAGGAGUCUCUACAAUAAUGGACAAAAAAGCAGAGGUUUUAGUAUGUGGCGCUUCAAUUAUGAAGGAUGUGUGGGAAAUCAGACUGAGGGAGUAUCGACAGAAACGGCAGAUGGAAGAAGAGAGGAUACGGAAGAGUGCUCUGGAAAGAAUCAAUCAGGAUUGGAAGGGGCGCAUGUCCUUCAAGAUUAAAAGCCCUAAAAGGCUGGAGAGAAAAGCAAAGCUUCCUGAACAAUCGACUCUUGAUGCACACAAGGCUAAAAAGACAAACCUUGGCAGGCCUCAAGGCUUCCAGAGCAGUCGGAUUCAAAGGCAGGUCGACUCGAGGAAAACUACAAAAGCCAAUAAACUGGCCCUGUUACGUCAACUCAAUGAAAGCUGUCCGGGGUUGAUGGUGUGGGCAAAGUCUUGGAAGUUUUCCCAACCUUUGCCACAACCUGAAGAAAGUCCUUGUGCAUUCGACUGGGGGCAGUCAUGGAAGUUUCUCAAUUUUCAGCCAAGCACUGAUGGUAAACCAUGGUUUGAUCUUGGGUUUGAUGCCAACAAUGAUUUGAGCUCCAAUGACAUAUUUCUAUGGGAGAAACGUAGCAAACCUUCAGACUCCGAGCACAUUAAACAAGACCUGGUCACUCCAGAAUGGGAAAAGUCUUGGAUAUUCAGUCAGAAAAUAAAAGAGUUUCAUGAAAACAAAAAUAACAGCUAUUGCAACAAAUUUUACAAUCAAAAUGAGGAAAUUGCAUCAGACUGGAACGAGUCCUGGAAGUCAACGAAGCCUGUAAAAGUAGAUGUUAAAUAUGAUUUCAUUCAACCCGCAGCUAAUGAGGAAAAACAACCAUGGAAUAAUUCUGGGAUGCACUUCAAAAAUCAUCUUCAAAUGAAAUCUAAAGCUACAGAUAAUUCAGCUUGGAGUGAAUCUUGGAGAGUUGCGAAAACCAUGUCAGAAAAGGAGUCGAAAUCAAUCCAAUCUCAAGCAAAGGAGCCUGAGGAGCUGCAUCCCGACAUCUGCAACGUGAUAAUAAAUGUGUCUAAAGAGAUGAAGCACAAAAUUCAAUGCAGAUCUCAGUUCGGUGGGAGGGAGAAUCAGCUGCCUGAAUGGGAAAAAUCAUGGACGACCAUAAAAAAUCUGUCAGAGUAUAAAGAAGAGAUAAAUAAAGAGAUUGAAGUGAAGGUUGAGACGUUGAAACCAGACAUGCAACCAACUGAACAUGUGAAUUUCAAUGUACUUGCUUUGCCUAAAAGCCAGAAGCGCCAAGAGAUGCUCAACUUCUCUGAGCAAAUAAACUGGAAGGAUUCUUGGAAGAUGAUGAAACAUCAGCAUAGAGAAGAAAGAGCCUUGAGGAACCGGAGAAGACCACCUUCACAAUUCUCACAAACUCUCACCCAAUGGGCCGAUUGUUGGAAGUUCACCAAUUUAACUCUCGAACAAGAUGCCGGUUUAUGGCAGCAGGGUUGGUCUGCCAAUUCUCAACUCAGGUCUAUUAGAAGAGUGAGAGUCAAUGAAGACAUCCCACAUAAUGGACCAGCAGGGGUUCGCACAUGGGCAGAGUCCUGGAGGUCGACGAGACAUCGGCAUCUUCUGGAAAUACAAGCGACAAGUGCAUCUACCCAGUUGUUAUGUCACCAUACAUAUGCACGAUCCGUGGCUGACUGGGAACAAUCAUGGAAGUCAUCGUCUCAUCUGCAUCAUCAUGAUAGACCAUCCAUGACGGCAUGGACUGGUUCAUGGAGGUUCUCCAGUUUGGAGGAUCUCCAACGUGAGCAUGCAUGGUUUGAGAGAUCAAUGGAAAUUAAAGGCAGAAAGGAACUUUGUAAAGCACUGAAUGCAUUUAAAAGAUCAUUUGAUUCUCAGACAUUCAAGGAACGAUAUCCUGCAAAUGAGUGGAAUGACUCCUGGAGGGUUAAAAAGAAGUUUGAUGGUCCUGGACUUGCGCAACUAAUGAAAAACGUAGUGCUAAAUUGGGAUAACUCUUGGAUGUUGACCAGCACAGAGUUUUAUCAAAAACAAAUCGAAUGUUAUUUGAAUUCUCAGAUCGAGAGCUGGUCAGAGUGGGGUCGAUCGUGGAAGAUGUCAAACCCACAACCACCAAAGAACAUCGCCUCGUGGGUUGAUGCGAAGCCAAGAUCAUUCAAUGCACAAGACCUGAUUCUUUGGUCCAAACACAAACACAUCUAUAAUUUACCUUCUGCUUCGCUCAGAGACGUGAAGCUGAAAAUGUGGAGCAAGUCCUGGAGGUUCAUGACGAUAGACCUUGACUGCAAGUCUGAGGACACAUCUGUGAUAAUGACAAAGACUGUAAAGAUAAGAAAGCAAAUGUACUCCGAUAUAGAUCAGCUGAAACCACAAAUGAAGAAAUGGAGUGAUGCAUGUAAAAUAGCAAAGACGCAAGCACGAAAAAAGCAUGACGUUCGAUCCAAAUCUGGGAACAUGGAAGAUAAAGAUGGAGAUAUGUUUGCAGAAUGGAUGGAAUCUUGGAAAUUCUCAAAUAAUACAAAAACGGGUGAUCCUGCAAAUGUGUCUCUGAGCAAUUGGAAAAAGUCUUGGAAGUUUCUCCUUGGUCCGAAUGUAACAAUGAAUGGCCCAAACACUAGCAAGAAUCGGUGAGGAUUAGACUUUACAGGUCAGGUUUCAUUUAAAAUAAAUGACAAGUGAUGUUUUUAAAACUUCUACAGGUUCACUGAAUAAAGUUGUGUGUCCUGUGCAGACACUAACAUUUCUUCUUAUCUGUUGUGUCUCAGUACAAAAAACAUAACAACAUAUCAUUAUUUCUGAUGCAGUCACGCUGAAAGCUGAGAACUGCGGCUCUAGUUUAACAGUUUCAAGGCACAUCAUUUAUUCUUUUUCAAGUCACUGCACACAGAGUGCAUGCGGUUCAGCACUUCCUAACAAAAACACAAAUGCAAUUGUUUAACUCUAGUACAAGUGUAUUAAAUUGGACGGAGUACAACAGCAGUUCUGCUGCAUUAUCACAUACUGCAUACUGCAAUCACCUUGCUUUUAUGGCAAAAAUAC